AUGGCCACAUCUGGGAGGAUCAGUUUUACAGUGAGGAGCAUUUUGGAUUUACCAGAGCAGGAUGCUAAUAGCAUAAAGCAAGCCUCUGACCAUCGCCACUCAGCGGAGAACUACACCGGCUCGCCGUAUCGAGGGUGGAUAGAAACAGACAGAAAUCACUAUCCCUCUUCCGACGAGAGCGGCCCGGAGAUGAGCUUGCCCGACUCCACCCAAAGGUCGCUCCCCGCCCGCGGCUCGGAGGCCGAGGAGAAGAAGAAGAAGCGAAGGGUGCUCUUCUCCAAGGCGCAGACGCUGGAGCUGGAGCGGCGGUUCCGGCAGCAGCGGUACCUUUCGGCGCCGGAGCGGGAGCAGCUGGCCCGGCUGCUGAGCCUCACCCCCACGCAGGUGAAGAUCUGGUUCCAGAACCACCGCUACAAGAUGAAGCGGGCGCGAAGCGAGGGCCCCGGCAGCCCGCAGCCGCGCCCGCCCGCCCUGCUGCGCCGGGUGGUGGUGCCGGUGCUGGUGCGGGACGGGGAGCCCUGCCGCGGCUGCCCCGCCAGCCCGCCGGCUCCCGCGGCGCGCCCCAAGCUGGGCUGCGCCCUGGCGGGCUGCAGCGCCCAGGCCGCCCUCGCCCUGCAGGGCUACCGAGCCUGCCCGCCCGCCGCCGCCCUCGGCGUCUUCCCCGCGUACCAGCACUUAGCGCACCCGGCCGUGGUCUCCUGGGGAUGGUGA